AUGCCUCUCGUCAAGGAAAAGCAGCCACUCCCGCAUUUUAAGCACGCUUUCCAAGCAUGCGCGUUGGCAUCUCUCAACAACAGGGUGGCGACCGGAAACGAAUUGGAUAGACAGGCUCUUGGUAGCUACACAAAAGCUUUAGCUGCUACCUUUCAUGCUACUCGCGACCCGACCAUGGUCAAGCACGACGCCACCUUGGCGUCUGUUCUCUUACUGAGCCUGUUCGAGACCAUGACAGCUAGGCCACGGAGCUCAAUGGCUUGGGGAUUACAUGUUGACGGCGCUGUUCAACUUGUCAAAGAAAGAGGCCCGGAGCAACUGCGAUCAAAAUCCGGUCUAGACUUGUUCAUUGCGGCCCGAACCCAAAUGAUAAUUCAUGCACUCAGCACCGGCAAGGCACCCGAUUUGAGCGUCGACUGGUGGGUCGAUGGCUCCGUCCGGGCUGAACACGCUCUCCGGUGCCAGGAGCUCAGCAUUCGCAUAGCGAAAGUGAAAGCCGCGGCCAAUCGGCUGAUCGCCAUGGAUCGUUCCACAGAGAAUACAGAGUUGACAUGGGAACUGAUCAAACAUUGCCAAAUCCUGGAUCAAGAACUUGUCAAAUGGUCCAAGUCUGUGCCCGAAACCUUUACCUGGAAGACCGCGAUGUGGGAACACAACAUCCCUCCAGGCGGAUAUAUGAAAGCCGAGGUGUACCCUGGCCGCGUUGAUACAUACCAAGAUUUCUGGGCGGCCAGUGUGUGGAACUUGAUGCGUUGCUCGCGUAUCACGCUGACUUCCGUCAUUGUUCGGUGUGUUGCCAGGGUCAGCUGGCCGUGGGAUUAUCGGACGACUCCAGAGUACGCCACUGCCUCCAAGGUCUGGGCCGAGGCCAUCUCUGAUAUCAACGCCUCUGUUCCGUAUCUUCUUGGUUGGUUUUGCAAACGGAAGGACCUCCUCCAAGGCAAACAUCUCCCCAGUUUUUGGUGCGGAGAAGACAACACGGAGAAAGCCUUGCCUGGCUACUUUUUGAUUUGGCCCUUGUCUUGUAUCCAAGCACAAAACUACCUGACCGACUCGCAGCGUGCGUGGGUCAAGGGCCGUCUCGAGCACAUUGCAACACACCUAGGUGUCAGAAGUGCGAGCAUAUAUCAGAAUAUUCAGCCUCAACGACAGCCACCACCUGCUGAGGCAGCUUAA